AUGGGGUGCGUGUCGUCGACCUUCACCGAGGACGACGAGCGGCGGAUCAUCGGGGUAUCCGCCUCCGCGUCCCACAUCGUCUCCCUCACCUCCUCCACCUACGGCAUCCUCACCUACAACCUCGCCCCUCCCAACAAAUCCACACCCCCUCCACCGCCGCCGCCUCCGCCCGCCCCACCGCUCUCGCUCCCCUCCAGCAGGGCCAAGCCCAAGCCGCCCUCCGACGAGCAGCCGGAGGCGGAGGUCAUCAACUCGUGGGAGCUCAUGGCCGGCCUGCACGACCCCUCCACCCCGGCCAAGUCCAGGUCCCCGCGCGGCCCCGCCCGCAGGGACGCGGGCGACCGCCCGCCCCGCCCCGUCCGCUUCCCGCUCCGCGCCAUCGACGGCAACGCCGCGGCGCGCGCGCCCCCUCCGCCGCAGCGCUGCCCGCCCGGCGGCGCGCGCUGCGCGGUGCUCUACACCACCACGCUCCGCGCCGUGCGGUCCACCUUCGAGGCCUGCAACGCGGCGCGCGCGGCGCUGCAGUCCCACGGCGUCGCCUUCCGCGAGCGCGACGUCUCCAUGGACCGCGGCUUCCGGGACGAGCUCCGCGCGCUGCUCCUCCCGGGCGCCCCGGCGGCGCUACCGCGGCUCUUCGUGCGGGGCCGCCACGUGGGCGGCGCGGUGGAGGUGCUGCGGCUGGACGAGGAGGGCGCGCUGGCGCCGCUGCUGGAGGGCCUCCCCCGCGCGCGCUCCCACGGCUGCUGCCACGGCUGCGGUGGCAUGAGGUUCCUCCCCUGCUUCGACUGCUCCGGCAGCCGCAAGGUCCUGGCCGGCGCCGGCGGGGCAGUGAAAGGGCGCCCGGAGAGGGGCGUGGUGCUCCGCUGCCGAGAGUGCAACGAGAACGGCCUCGUGCUCUGCCCCAUCUGCUCCUGACCAUCUGGAUUUUUCACCUCACUCCGUCGAUCUACUCCUGUAGGUUUCAGUUCGAUUUCCCCUCUUCAGAUCGAUGCUACUUGUUGUAACUGAGACUGUGGUGGAUCAACUGAGGAUUAGUCGUCUGAGUUCUUAUCUGAAUUUGAACUGGUUGGUAUGCAUUCAGAAAAAAACAGAGCUUUCACCGUAGGUUCAGACAGGCAGUAUGAGGCCAGACGAAGCCCUCUGCUUGAGCGCCGCCGCGUCGAGGAGGACGAGCUCGUAGCCGGCAAUGCCGGCCUCUUCCAAGAACAACAGUACCGUGGAGACGCCGCCACCCAGUACACCUUGGCGGCACCGCCCACCUCUCUGUUGUAAUUUUGCAGCUCUGUUUUUUUAGAUCAGUUUGUUUAUUAUCAGUAAGAAGUUUCGGCCAAGAUGCUUCCUGAUCAAACCUUGACCAAACAAUAUCUUACCUGAUGGAAUAUUGGAGUGGUUAUUAUGGUUAACCUAGUGAACUUUUCUUGUA